AGCACGCUGCGUGAGCAUCGCCGCAUUUCGAAGCACCAGUGGCGACUUUAAUCAUGGCGGCGCGAUUUUUUUAGCUGCCAAGUUGUGUGUAUGUCGGUUCACUGUCUCUCGCGUGUGUACGUGACGUCCCGACGUGCCGAAGGAAUUCGCGCACGCGAGAGCAGCGAGCGGCUGCCGCGGGUUUCUGUGGACCGUUGCGUGCCGUGGGGACCCCGUGUGCAUCCCGUCCUGGGAUCUGGGCGCGAUAAUAUCCUACGUGUCGCCGAUAAAAUAACGGUUCGACGAGAACAGGCGUUUUGUGGUUUUCAAUUCGAAAGGGACCUUUUUUUAUGUACAUACCCGCGCACACGCGCGCGAAUGCACGUAUGCACACGUACAUUUGUUUACAAAUUUGCGUGCCUGAUAGCUCCCACCGGGAAGUAGCUUUCGCAUUGUAACGCGACACCGUUCAAUCGCGACAAUUAUACACCACGAUGAACAAGCGUCGUAGAACGUCGUCAGUGGCGAGUCGCGGCACCGAGGACGACGGCGACGAUAUUCCACCUGAACCGACGAAAAGGAGGAAAAAAUUAGAUCCUAGUGACUUGUGCCAACAAUUGUAUGAUGUACUUCGUAAUCAGAAGAAGGAAGAUGGAUCGUUGCUGUGUGAUGCUUUCAUCCGUGUGCCUAAGCGGAGGCAAGAACCAGGAUAUUACGAAGUCGUUUCUAAUCCUAUCGAUCUUCUGAAAGUGCAGCAAAAGCUGAAAACUGAUGAGUAUCGUGAUAUGGAUGAUCUUGCUGCUGAUAUUCAGCUUAUGGUGAAUAAUGCAAAAGCUUUUUAUAUGCGCACGUCUCCUGAAUAUAAAGAUGCAACUGAGUUGUGGGAGUUGUGUAUAAAUACUAAAAAUCGUAUCAUGGAAGAUUACGAAGAUCCAGAACCCAAGGGAAAGCUUAUUCUAAAAGUUGGAAGAUUGGCGCGCAAAGCGACGAGACAAGAUGAUGCAGAAGAUACUUCUGAGAGUUCUACAAAUCUUGAUGAAGAAACUAUGCAGCUAUUUGAAGAUUUGUUUGCAGCAGUUAUGACAGCAACUGAUCCUACUGACAAUAACAGACCCCUUCAUAUCAUGUUUCAACUUAAACCAUCCAAAAAGCUCUACCCUGAGUAUUACGAUGUUAUUGAGACGCCAAUCGAUUUAAAAACUAUCGCAAGAAAGAUUCAGGAGGGUGCAUAUAGUUCAAUCGGUGAUAUGGAAAAAGAUUUGAUGCUCAUGUGUCGCAACGCUUGUCAGUUUAACGAGCCUGGUUCCCAAAUCUACAAAGAUGCCAAACUCCUGAAGAAGAUAAUUACCGCGGCCGCGAAGAGACAAGACAGUGGAUUUGGCUGUAACACCCCUAAGAUCGCCACGACCGCGCCAUCGACGAGAAGCAAAAGAGGUAGUCGCACUAUGGCGCAAUCGUUGAUCGCGCAAACUGCGGCAUUACUUGACGAAGAUGAGGAGAGUGACGAUGAGGAGGAAGAACCCGCUGAGACUGAAGAAGCUGAUAAUCCACAGUGGCAACUAUUUCAAACCAUCCGGACAGCUCCUAAUAAUCAAGGUGUGCGGAUGAGCGCAGAUUUUUGGAAGCUUCCAUCAAAGAGAUUUUAUCCUGAUUACUAUAAGAUGAUUAAGAAUCCUAUAUCUUUAUUACAAAUACGUACAAAAAUUAAGAGAGGCGAAUAUGGUACUGUUAGUGAAGUAGCUGGAGAUAUGAAUAUCAUGUUUGAAAAUGCUAAGAAAUAUAACGUACAUACUUCUCGACUGUACAAGUGUGCAGUUAAAUUACAAAAAAUAAUGCAAGAGAAAGUACAAGAACUUCUAGAGUUUGACCAGGAUUCCGAUUCGGAUAGCGAAUCUGAAAAUAGCUCGCAACAGCCUAAAUUAAUUAAGCGUGCUUCGAAUCUACUGACACGAGGGAAAUACAAAGACAAUAUACCGCUGAAGAAGAGACUGUACGCGUUAGUCAAGUGUGUCAUAGAAUAUGUUUGUGAGGACGGUCGGCAGCCUAUGUUGAUGUUUAUGGAGAAGCCUUCCAAGAAACUGUAUCCUGAUUAUUACCAAGUGAUAGCGGAGCCCAUAGACAUGCUGGCGAUCGAAGCCAAUAUUAAAGCAGAGAAGUAUCAAAAUGAGAACGAAUUGAUACAAGAUUUUAAGUUGAUGUUCAAUAAUUGUCGCCAAUAUAAUGAGGAAGGUUCAUUGAUUUAUGAGGAUGCUAAUACAUUAGAGAGAGUUUUGAUGGAUAAGGUGAAAGAAUUGGGACCCUUGCCGGAUAAUCCCAAGUCGAAAUCCACCGCGUCAACGCCAACUAGAAACGUUGGGAGACCGAAAAAAGUAGUACCCCUUCACGUGCAAAAAUUGCGAACUUUAUACGACACAAUUAAAGACUACCAUGACGCAAAAGGGAGACAAUUGUCUCUGAUUUUCAUGAAAUUGCCGAAUAAAAAUGAGUAUCCAGAUUAUUAUGAAGUGAUAAAGCAGCCUAUACACAUGGAAAAGAUCGCGUCCACUUUAAAGAAUAACGGAUACGAGAAUCUGGACGAGCUGGUAUCCGAUUUUAUAUUAAUGUUCGACAACGCUUGCAAGUAUAAUGAACCGGACUCACAAAUAUACAAGGACGCCUUGAUACUACAAAGAUUAGUGUUGCAAAGUAAGCUGCAGCUGAGUGAGGAUGAGGAAAGUGUUCCCGACGUUUCAGCUGCUAUUCAAGAGUUACUAGCAACAAUAUUCACAGCGCUUUACAAUCACCAGGAUGAGGAGGGCAGGUGUUACUCCGAUUCUAUGGCAGAACUUCCGGAGCAUGAUAUCGUUGAUGGCAAAAAGGUACGAGGAUUGUCAUUGGACUUGAUUAAAAGAAGAUUGGAUAGAGGAGUUUAUAAAAGGUUAGAUCGGUUCCAAGAAGACGUUUUCACCUGCUUGGAGAGAGCGCGAAAGUUAUCGCGCACAGAUUCACAGCCGUUCGAAGACAGCGUGGAGCUUCAAGCGUUUUUUCUACGUACUCGCGAUGAAGCUACUCGCGGAGGGGACUUGCUGCAUUCGCCAGCGUUAAAUUAUACACUCCUGGAUUUGUCAACGCAGGUUGCGGAACUCAAAAGAAUAAAACAACAGCAGGAAUUGAAUCUGCCAAAUGAAGAUGAGAGCUGCGACGGAAAUGAGACAAAAGACUCUGAAACAAACACCAAUACAGACACGAACAACAGUGACAAUGGAGGAUCUAUGAGUUUCAACCAGGAAGUGUACAGAGCCGGCGACUUUGCGUACAUCGAGCCUACUGAAAGGGGCAUGGAAUAUAGUGUGGUUCUCAUAGAAAGGCUUUGGACUAACGGAGAGGGCCAACAAAUGCUGUACGGGAAUUUAUUUUACAGACCGAGCGAAACGUAUCACGUGGCGUCGCGGAAGUUCCUGGACAAGGAACUGUUUAAGAGUGACGCCAAGGUGGCGAUACCAUUUGCCAAAGUAGCAGGCAGAUGUUGUGUUCUAAGUGUAAAGGAUUAUUUUCGAAUGCAGCCGGAAGGAUUCCUCGAGAAAGAUGUUUACGUAUGCGAAUCGCGUUACUCCACGAAAGCCAGAGCCUUCAAGAAGAUCAAAGUUUGGAAUUUUGAUGCGGAUCACUUGAAAUUAAUCCCGCGAGAGAAGCCGUUGGAACCGAAGCGCGUGAUUUCUGUAUAUAAAGAGCGAUUAGAGAAACACAAAGAGGAAAUCGCCGAAUUGGAGGAAGGAGAGAAACUGCUGGAAAAGGAAAGACCUAAUGUGAUAUUGUAUAAUCCGGAAGAUACGGAAAAUACAUAUUACGAGCAGUACAAUACGUGCGUGGGAUCGGUGAAAACAGGCGAUUUCGUUUAUGUAGCGACAGAUGGGGGCAGACAGCAAAUAGCACAAAUCGAUGCUAUAUGGUCGACCAAAGAUGGGAAAUGUUAUUUCAAAGGCCCCUGGUUGCUAAUGCCUACAGAAGUGCCACAUACACCUACAAAAUUAUUUUAUAAGCAAGAACUGUUUUUAUCCACCGUAGAUGGUACUCAUCCCAUUGUAGCUAUUGUUGGAAAGUGUGCCGUCCUUGAUUACGGAGAAUACAUAUGUAGCAGACCGACGGAAAUCCCAGAGGAUGACAUAUACAUUUGCGAGUCGCUGUACGAUGAAAGUAAGAACUUUAUAAAGAAACUCAACCAGGAAGGUUUAAAGAAGUUCAACCAUUCGUCGACGGUGACCGAAGACGAGAUCUACUUCUUCCGUAGGCCUAUCAAUCCUGCCAAAGUUUCGAGCGAUGUGGCACAGACGCAAAAUCAAGUCAAGUCCGUCACGCCCAGCUCGGCUCAAUUUGAAAUGGAAGCGUCACCAUUGUUACCGAAGCUGGAACCCGAUGUACUAAGCAUGGGGGUAGGAUUAGGAGUAGGAGUUGGGGAGGACAGCAUGGACGCUAGUGGUCCACCAUCCGUGGGAUCUACGGAAGCUCAACCGGUGCUCUCCAAUACUCAAACACCUGUGUCGACUAAGAAGAAAACGACGGGUAAGAAAUUAGUUACGGGCUAUAUUUUGUAUUCGAGUAAAAUGCGAACGCAGAUUACACAAAACAAUCCUGAAUCGUCCUUCGGAGAGAUUAGCAGAAUUGUUGGCAACGAGUGGCGAAAACUGCCGGCAGGGGAGAAGCAAGCCUGGGAAGAGCGGGCGAUCAAGAUGAACGAGGACGGCGGCCAGCUGAAAGGGACCACUACGGUGGGCACAAACGCCAUACAGGAUGUAGUGUACGAGUGCUGUUGGGAUAACUGCGACUGGCAGUUCGAGGACAUGACCGACUGCAUCGAUCAUUGCAUCGCGGAGCAAAACGGUCAUGUACAAUCGUCAUUCGCGAACGCUCCUAGCGAUGUGGAAUAUCAGUGUCAAUGGCGUGGCUGCGGUAGAACGAAGAAAUCCAUUCCGCCGUUCCCAAAUGUACAGAGACUCGCGAGACACGUCAAAGAAGUGCACAUUCUCAAGUCCCACGGACGUAUAAUACCUCCUUCCGAAAGAAGCAGAAAUUAUAUGCCUUCAAAGGGACCGACGGUAUUGCCACCGAUGGAAACAGAAACUUCAGCAGCCGCAACUCAAACGAGCAAUUUACCUGCCGCCAAGCAACCAGAGCCAAUGUUUGUCGCAGUACCGCCGAGACCGAGCCGCGUAUUGCAUUCCGAUGCCUAUUUGAGGUACAUCGAAGGAUUAAACGUAGAGAAUCGUUACAUAUCAAAUUGGGAUAAGCAAAUGAACGCCAAUCCGGAUAAUACACAAAUCCCCGAUGUAACAAAGCUGCCCGCCGAGUGGUUGGGCAACGGCGUGGGCAAUCACGGGAACGUCGUGAACGCAUUAUGGACACUCAGAAACAUGAUGAUGCGGGAUGUGUUGGCCAUCAAUAAAACUUUAUAGUUUAUAAAUUGUUAAAAUUUAUAAUUUUUGACAUGCAACGCAACCUACACUAUGCAGAUCAGUUGACGUUAGAUGAAAGACUGAUGAUAUUCAAUCAUUUGACUGUAAUGGUGUUUGUAAAAAAUUUUUUUUUCCAAUUAUAAGCAUGAUUUUUUUUAAUUUAAAUUAAGUUUGUGUUUUUGGUAAUAUGUUUGGUAAUAUAUUUAAAAAAUUUAGUUAGGCAAGUGUUAUACGACUGUGUUUAGAAUAUUUAAUUAGAAAUUUUUAUAAACUUUGCAAUAUUAUUAGCGA